AUGUACGACUCCACUGUUAGAGCAACGAAUAGGAGCGCAUCCUCGUUGCCUAUCUACGAAGGGGCCUGUGUGGAUCUAGCACCUCUCGGCUUCCUUCUAGCAGACAGUGUUGGCCAGACCGUUGUCGGUGACCCUGCUGACUACUGUAUCACCAACCUGGAUGGGGAAGCGGACGCCUACGAAGUUGACGAAGAAAUUGCUCAUUGGCUCUCCAAUUUUAACCAUGACACGGAGCGUCUGACGAAUGCUUUCACCACGGCUGCGUACCUCGGCAAUCAAGCCAGGAUCGAAAGUGAUGUCGACAGGGGUAGAAAGACGCUGGUAGUCAGCAUUGACAUGGAGAUAAAAGAGCAACAACGUCGGAAUAAAUUUCAUCCAUCAGGAGAUUGA